CACCACUAGUGGCACUGGGUCUGGCCCUCUCACAAACACAACAGACCAAGGGCUUCUGCUACACCAAGAAGGAGUGCCACUUGGCAAUGCUGCAAAUAGAAGAGGCUGCUAAGGUUAGGAAAGGAAAGGAUCAAGCUCAUCAGGAGUUGGAUGCCUUGAAAGUAAAGGUAGCUGAGGCUAAUCAUGUAAUGAUUCAUGUCCAAGGCAUGCUUGACAACAUGACAAGGUCAUUUCAUAAAGCCACUAGCAUUGCCCAAGCUCAAGGGGUUGAAUGGUUCCUAGGGUCUGAUGCUUUCCAAAAUGUUGUGGCUGUUGCCACCAUAAACAUGACCAUUGAGAUCUACAAUGAUGUGCGUGACAAGGUGUUGCGGUAUCAACCUAAUUUCCUAAAGGACGAGCUCGCCUUCACGAAGGGCAAACAGAUUGAUGAGCAGGGAAAGAGUCUAGUGCCAUUGUUUGAAACUGCUGUCAAGGUAUUAUGGACAUUGGAUGAGGAAGGGGCCUCACUAUGCCUUCCCACCAUAUUGGAAAAAGGUGAGGAGUUUGACUUUUCUCAAAGCUUCGUUGGUUGGGAUAUUGGGAUGCCCAACUUGGAAGGUAGGAUUUCUUCUCCAUUAUAACCUUUGCUGCCAACUUAGUUUGCUACUCCUACUUCUGCCUCAACAACAAUUGCCACUACACUUGCACCUAUGGUAGACUUAACUGAUGAACAAGAUUAGGGCAUGCAAUGUUUUAGUUCUAAUUUUUAUGACCUUUGUAUUUUACUAUUUUAAUUUCAUUUAUGCUCGUAUUGAUUUUGUGUAAUUAAAAAUUAUUGUCAUGAAAUGAAAAUGAAACAACUUUUUGCAAUUUAUUCUCUGUUUGUCAUAAUGAAUUGAGAUUAUAACA